CUGGGCCUAGACCACCGGACGGCGCCGGUGGAGCUGCGCGAGCGACUCAGCGUGGAGCGGGAUCAGCUCCCCGACGCGCUGGCACAGCUCGCGGAAUACGUUCCACAGUCGGUUAUCGUUUCCACCUGCAACCGGACUGAGGUAUACACCUACGACCCGGACGACAUUGGGUUGGUGGGCCGAGUCGGCGACUUCCUGAUCGGCUAUUCGGGGGUGCCGGGCCCGGAGCUGGAGCGGCACAUCUACCAGCUAUGGGAAGCGGACUGCGUCUCCCAUCUGUUCCGCGUGGCCAGCGGGCUGGAAUCGAUGAUCGUGGGAGAGCGACAGAUCCUGGGCCAGGUGCGGGCCGCGUUCAGCGUGGCCAGCCAGGGCGGUUACAUCAAGAGCCCCUUGACGCGGGUAUUCCACGAUGCCCUGCGCGCCGGCCGACGGGUACAUCGGGAGACCAACAUCGGGCGGCAUUCGAGAUCGGUGAGUCGCGCGGCGGUGCAGUUGGCCCGUGGCUUGUUCGACCGUCUCGACGACCGUCGCGCGCUGGUGAUCGGAGCCGGCGACGCGGGGCGCAUGGUGGCGCGGGCGCUAACCGACGCCGGCGUCCAGCAAAUUGCCGUGGUCAACCGCACGCACUGGCGCGCCCAGGACCUGGCGCGGGAACUGGGUGGCGUGGCGACGCCUUUCGAGAAUUUGGGCCGCGCGCUGGCGGACGCCGACCUGGUCAUCAGCAGCACCGGGUCGCCCGGGUACGUGGUGGAUGAAGCGAUGGUCGCGGACGCCCUCACCUCGCGUCGCAGCGACGAGCCGAUGAUGCUGAUCGACAUCGCAGUGCCCCGCGACAUCGAGCCGUCGGUGGGCGAUCUGGAUCGGGCGCGGCUGUUCGACAUCGACGCGUUGGCACAGGUGGCCGAGGUUUCGCUGGACGACCUGGCGGGCGAAGUGCAGAACGCGGGCACGCUGGUUGACGCGGAACUUGCCCGAUUUUCGGAGUGGUGGCACUCCUCGGAUACCAUGGAACUGGUGGUCGGCGUGCGUCAGCGGGCGGACGCGAUGCGCCGUCAAGAGGUGGCCCGAACCCUCCAGAUAAUGGGCGAAGACAAGGAAGGCGAACUGGCGGAACGGCUACACGCCAUGACCAACGCGCUGGUCAAGAAGCUGCUGCACCAGCCCACGGUGGAACUGCGCUCCGGGGACAACACCACGGACUACCGCGUGGCGCGUCGGCUGUUCGGGUACGACGACGAUCGGCGCAGCCGGCGCUGA